CAGUCCUCUGUGGUACCACCGCAAGGAAUCAAUCCACCAAAUAGAUGCCCUCCUACAGUACAUACAACAGCAACCUCAAAAGCCCUUCGCACCGGAGCUUGGAGGUGAGAAAAGUAUUCGCUGAAGUGAUUCGAUUGAUCAUUCGAUUCAUUCAUUCGAGUUGGAUCGAAUUUUAGGGGGGUUUCCCGCCUGCGAGAUGCAGCCAAGGCGCGGUGUUCGAAGAGUUUAGUCUCCUUUUACACACCUUCGAAGGCCAACCAGUUCGCUUGAUGAUGCUAUGGCGAUCUGUGUUUCGCUGCGAGGCACAGUUCGCUUGUUGCUUGUGAAGUAGUAUCCGUAGCUUCAAAGUUUGCUGAGAGAGAUGUCAGGAAGACGACGCAAGAAGGACGAUAAUCACAACCAAGGCAGAGGCAAGGCCCGAGCUCCACAAAAAGAAGAUGAUAAUAACAAGCCUCGUCGUCCAGAACCACCACCUCCUCCCCCACAAUCCCUAGUCACGCUGCUUCGAAAGAGCAAGGUCGUGCUGGCGUACUUUACCGCCUUGCAAGAGAAUCUCAAUGACGAUGUUACGCGAUGGAAAGAAAAGGCGCGGCACUACAAGAGUCUUUACGAAGAACAAAAGGCCGAAAAUGAAAGACUAGAACAGGAAAACCAGCGUCUGCGACAAACUAAAAGAGCCAGCAAUAAAGGGGACGAUGAUGAUGAUCCAAGUAGUGAGGAUGCCAAGCCUCCUGACAAGAAGAAAAGGAAAAGAGACAAUGAGCCAUCCAAACAAAGACGACGAAACAACAAUCAUGAAGAAGAAGAUAACGAUGACGAGGAGGAUGAAGUGCCUCCUCCAGCUGUGGCUGCUGCUGACAAUCGAAAGAAACCUGCCAACAGCGACAACAACGAAGAACCGCCCAGAGAAAUUACAAUCCAAAAAGCCAAUGACGAUGACUCGAUGUUUGAAAUCCCAUCGGACAGUAGCCAAGACGACAAUCAUGAUGGGAGACGGACAGAAUCCAAAACUCCAAAGGAUUCUAGUACAAAGCAACCUGGUUCCAAGAAACCACAACCAGAUACAAGUUCGAAACACGCCACAGAGCAACCUGUGACGGAUGCCGCAUUUGAGUUUGCAUCUUCGGAUGAUAAUGAUGACAGUGACAAAGACAACAAUCAAAACAAGCCACAGUCUCCUAUGGAAUCUAACAAAGUGCAAGAAAAAGCGGACAAGAAGGAAGAAGAGCAGAAGAAUGAUGGCACAUUUGAAAUCUACUCUUCUGAUGACGAAGCGGGUGAAAAUGCCAACAGUCAAAGCCAGGCCAAUGUCGCCAAAGCCAAACCAAUAGAGGACGAGGCACAAGGGCAUGAGGAGGAGGGGAAACGAAGCACACCAGUGGAUUCUUUACAGGGGAAACAAAAGGGCAAGGAGAAAGAGGCACCCACGAAAGAUAGCAAGCGGAACGGGGGUGGAGGGGACAAAGGUGCCAACACAAAACCGAUAGACGAUGCAGCGUUUGACUUUAGCUCUUCGGAUGAUGAUGGUAACGACAAAAGCCAAAAGUUGGCAAAGGAAACAAUCCGCAAAAACGGUAGCCAACCCAGCAGAGCUCCACCUAAGAAAGCUCCACGGGACAAGCAACAAUCAAUCGAUGAUGAUGCCUUCAAAUUUUACUCCUCAGAUGACAACAACAGUGACGAUGACAAGCUCAAGAAACCACCCAAACCGGUCAGUGCUUCCCACAAGAACGUUGCAAAACAGAAAACCAAAAGUGCAAGCAAGCAAAUCGAGGAUGAUGAUAUCGACUUUUAUUCUUCUGGCGAUGACGAUGCGGGAAAGAGAGUGGAUGAGGACACACCACUGCCCUUUUGGAAGCAGAAUCAGGAAUACAUCUUGUCCGAAUUGGUCGAUGCUUAUCGGUGUCUGCAACACCUCGGGGUAACCUUGGUGGUUAAGACGACAGUCAAAAUCGCCGAUGACAAAGCCAAUGACAAAAACAAUAACGGUAUUGUGGAUCAGGACGAGAACAACACGUCGCAACCGAUGGAUACCGAACCCGCGGAUGAAACUCCUGCCGAGGAGGGAGAAGAUGAUCAAGAAGGGUUUUCCUUCCUGCCGGACAAGGCCGAUGCCAACGCUUUGAAGAGGGAGCUUGUGGGCAAGAACAAGGGGAAGAAGAUUAGUGUGGAUCCGACGGAGCAAAACGUCUUUGAGCGCCGCGCCAACGAGACAGUCGUGACGGAUAUGUUGUUUGCGCUGCGGGGUCUCACACGCGUCCAGAUCAACAUUGGUGGUUUGCAGGAAGAGUAUCAAGCAUUUCGCAUGUCGCCUCACUGGUACCCUUGUGGGGAUAAACUGCCCUCGACGUUGCAACAGCCAGAGAACGAAGGGAAGCAGAACGAUGAUGUGGACCAUCCAGCAUAUGUGGGGAAGGUGUGCUUGUUCCGAGCGCUAUCUGUCAUGGAUGCCUAUUGCGGACCCAGGAGCCUUAGCCCCAUCAACGACCAGUGGGAGGAGCUCUUCGAGUGCAAAGGAUUAGACCUAUUUGUAGAUCCAGAAUGGAUAGAGUCCAUCAAGGUUGGCAUGCGAGACAGGAAAGAGAUGGUAGAUCAUCUCGUAGAGUCUUUGUUUGGGGAAAUAUCGGGAAACUGGGGAGUCACGGACCGUGCGAUGCUCGUCAAACUGGAUUACUUGUUUUAUCAAGAAGAUGCUGGAGAGGAGGGCGGAGACAAUGUCGAGGAGAGCGCAAGUGAACCCAAAAAGACCAACCUGGAAGCCCAGGCUUCCGCAAAGAGCCAAUCUCGACUCUCCGCAUUAGCAGAACGCCGGAUCAUUGCGCAGCUGUUGGUUGGCCUAUUGCUGUUUCGGGGUGACACUCAUCGGGCCUUUCAGCUCGUAUGCAACUACGUCCUGUCGUGUGUUCCAGCGAUUGAGCUCGAAGAUUUCCCUAGGGUUCAACCAGUUCUAAGCCUGGUUUGCCUGGAAGGAUUGCUUCUUUUGGAUCGAGACAUAUUGUCCCAGUGUGGAAUUGAACGAAAACACGACAACAAGAGGAACACUGGCGAAGCAAGCUCAUCUUACUUCGGUAGACUCCUGAUUGGCCAAAAUGACGAUGUGUCCCAAUCAUCGAGGCCGGCUGGUAACCCCGAGUUUCUUCAGCCGAAGAUUCUGUCUACAUGUAUCCAUGCCACUGCUUCAAUAUGGCGUCAGCGAAUGCAAAGUCCGGAGACUAGAAUCACCGAUGUUGCUAGAACGGAAUGGGCUUGCUAUUUGCGUUUGGUCAAGUCGCAGAGCUUCUGGUUGACUGAGAGCACUUCAAAUAAUGAGCUGGAAAAAGCCUCAAUCCACAGUUUGCUGGAAGGAUACUCGAGAUCCUUGAGCAUGCUAUCCGGCGAGGCUGUGGUAAAGCUGGAACGAGAGUUGGUGAAAGGAAAGGUUCCAGGUGGGAUUACAGGCUAUUCUGUUUCCUAUGCUUUGAGACUUGCUCUGGUCGCGAAUGGGGAUUAUGACAUGGUAAAAACGCUGCUGCUACGGACAAUACAGCAGUACCAUGAGUCCAAGACGCAGUCGGGGAGCUUUCGGCAGCUGUGUUAUGCAUGUUUCGUGGCAUUGCGUCAACUUGACAAUCGGCAGCUGGACGCAUACCAUCAAGGCGUCGGAAGUUUCCUGGGCUCGAAUACUACGGUAGGCGAUGCUCUAUCGAAUUGCCUCGCUUCCCUCCACGGUAAGGUUCAACCAACCAUCGAUCGACAAGCGGCGGUUCCGGAUGUGGCUUUGUCAUGGCGCCUUUGGGCUACUUUUCUUGAUUGCUGCGGCCUUGUUGCUGACGGUGACAUGGUCGUUGAAGCUAUUGGCGGACUACUGUGUUUUGAUGAUGUCAAAGCAACUACUGCAAGGAAGUCGUCUUCUUCCGGUCUGAAGACUUUGCUCGGGUCGAUUGAAACCAUGUCUAGCGUCCCAACUGUAAGAGUGAUCAACUUGAAACGACGAAGAGACAGAAUGAGGCUAAUGAUGGCGCAAUCCAGAAAUGCAGGCGUCCUUGUUCUCAAGGCAGUAGCGACGUUGGAGGACAAGGCAAUUGGCGUGGACGAGGAGGCUGGUGGUACCUCAGCGACUUCCGAUGGGAGCUUGCAUGGAGGAUUUGCAAUUGACGGCAAAGAAAAACUGGAGGAUCUGUACGCUCAGAUCUUUCCAUACGGGGAGAAUAGCAAGGAAUGUCGACGGCGCCUGGAGACCUACGUUGCCCCCAAGUGGCGCCCCCACGACCUGAAGGCAUUCGAUCGGUUUGCCAACGACAACGAAAAGGCUUUGGUGCGAUUGAGCGAUUCUGAACGAUCGUGUGCCCUCUCCCACAUUUCCGCGUGGAAAGGUGUCAUUCGCACUCUCUCAAACAGCGACAAAGGUCAAUCGAAGUACAAAUCCACUGUCCUGCAGCAUGGCCCAGGCUUCAGACGUCUUUUCCUAAUUAGUGGAUUUGCCCGAGGACUUCCUCUCAGGCAGUCUCCAGAAACCGCUGAUAUGCCUCCGUGUCCGGUUUGUGUUGUAUUGGAGGACGAUGCCAUUAUGGUGGAUCGAUUUGCGGAUCGGUUGGACGAAAUCCUGGAAGAAUUGCCUCGCGAUUUUCACUUUUGCUCUCUAGGCUACAGUCGACCGAGAACGGCUCCUCUGGUCAAGUUUUCCAAGCAUGUUAGCAUCCCCACCUUUUUGUUCUAUCUGACUGGCUACAUUCUUUCUCUGGACGGAGCCAAGUACUUGUUGGAGAGUCUUCCCGUCUGUGGUCCUAUCGACUCUUGGAUCGGACUGAAAAUGUGUCAGAAUUGGGACAAUGUCUUUGGCAGCUCGAUGGGUUUGGGAAAGCACACGACUACAACCGCGGACGCUCCUUCCCGAAAGGAUCUGAUGAGCAUUAUGCGAUUCCGAGCAUUUGCUGCCAUGAUCCCCCUUUGCGCACAAACCGUCGGCGGUGGUAACCUCGCUGCCUCGGGAAACAAGUGGCGACAAAAAGACACGGAUAUUGUCUAUUCGGGCAGUGCAAACUACGUCGGGUAAUGAAGUUGUCAAUGCCGUUUUAUUAUUACUAAUUAUUGAGACGCCACGUUAGUAUCAUCGCCACCUUUGUGUACCCUUCGGAAAUACCCAAUGCGUCCGGGAUUCCAAGUGACCAACACAAAAUCACCCGACAGGGCCGGCACAAAGUGAGCAUCGUGCGGAUGAAGAAAGCCCUUGUCGCCCAACAUUUGUGUAAUGUUGACGACCGACAUGAGCUCGUUGUUCUCAGUCAAGAUCCCCACGGUGCCUUCCAGAAAGGGAAUGAUGGCUACACCAUCUUCGGGCCGCAUGCGAAUAUUGCACGGCAGUUGUAGCAAAGGAUCAAAGGACACGGUAUGGGUAUACUCAAAGAUGGAUGGAUCCUGAGGAUCCACCUUAAAGUAUUCGAGGCGAUGAUUCCCACGGUCGCAAACGACCAUUUGAUGGUGGUAACCUAUCCGAGAGUCGUACGUAAUGGCGUGAUCCGUCUCGAAUUGUCCGUGCCCCUUUCCGUGCCCUCCAAACGAAUGGCCCGUGUAGUUGCCGUCGGUUCGGUUGUAAACAUAGACCUUGGAGGAUCCAUAUCCGUCUGCUAGGUAGACAUAGGGCGAAUCGGGAGCUCCGGCGAACCAGGUUGGUUUGUAAGAAUCCGUCGAAUUCUCGUCGGGCUUUCCUGCCACGGUCCAAAUGAUUUCUCCGUCCAUGGUGGUUUUAUGGAUGACUUGCUGGUUGUUGGCAUGAUACAAAACAAGAGUCCCAUUCUCGACUUGCGUCCGAAGACCAUGAGGUACACCUUGACAGAGCUCCUUUCCUGGCCCUAGAAAUUCUGGCAUCUGUUGAUAUUGGCCAUCGCCAUGUUUCCACCGAAGAAGACACUUGGAGGGAUCUGUCUUGUCCUUGUAGGUUAUGAUAAUGUUACCUUGGUCAUCAAUGACGAUACCAUGGGCAUGUUCCACGUCGGCGUCCUUUGGUACAGGUAAGUAGGAGGGCUCAUAGACAUAGGUCCAUUCUCCCCAGCCACCAACAUUAACGGAACUCUCCAAGUCUUCUUUCUUGGCCCAUGUGCUGGCAGCAGCGAGAGCUAGUAAGAGCAAUAGCGAAGAAAACACAACUUUGGUCAUGUUUAUCUUCUCCAACUUCUCCCUUAUCACAGUGGAAGAUAAUAGGGUCUCUUGCAGGUGCUAGAUUAUUAUAGGACAAUCAGGGUAAUGAAUGGGCCAUCCAACCUCAACAGAGACACAAGACUUUAGAAGCGAUUGUCAUGGUAGACACCGCAAGCCCAAAGAUCCUUCGUCUUGCGAAAGAUCGGGGUAUCCAUCUCCCCCUUUUUAUUCCCCCUUUAUACCCCAUUUUCGGGCCCCCAGUCCAGCUGACCUUUGCGUGUUUAAAAGUUUUUUUGUAAAACCAGAGCCACAUUUUCAGCGCGAACCGCGUUUUGAUCCGUCGCCAACAAACCAAGGUGCACUGAGCGCACUCGAAAAGCAGGCGUUUGGUUAAUUACCAUCGUGGCUGGCUCCGGUCGC